UAUCUCGAACGAUGCGGUCUAUUUCCGACUGAUCUGAAUCGACCUCUGCGGGCACGCGAUACGCGAUCACUUUGCAUGCCCAUUGGCGUAGUGCUCCGAAAUUUCUGUUGGACGUAGUACGUCAAAAAUUUACGAUGGCGGCGAUGUUGAAGGAUAAAGUACAGGCCACAUUUGAAGAUAAAUGGCCAUAUAUGCGACCGAUUAUAUUGAAAUUACUUAAACAAGAACCAGUAACGCAAGGAGAAUGGCAGGAUUUAUUUUAUUCUGUUCACGUAUGCUUAUGGGACGACAAAGGACCUCCCAAAUUACGCGACGCCUUAAAAGAUGAUAUAAUGGAUUUUAUACAACAAGCUCAACAGAGAGUUUUAGCGCAUCAAGAAGAACAAGCAUUAUUGAAAGCAUAUAUAGCCGAGUGGAGAAAGUUUUUUACGCAAUGUAACUAUUUACCAACACCAUUUAGGCAAUUAGAAGCAUAUCUUGCGGGGAAAACUAGCUCCAGCACACAAAAAAGGAAUCAACCUGAUGACAUAGUUAGGAAGCUAAUGUUGGAUAGCUGGAAUCAAAGUAUAUUCAAUGACAUAAAACAAAGACUUCAAGAUGCAGCCAUGAGAUUAGUACGAGCUGAAAGAAACGGCGAAGCGUUUGAUUCUCAACUUGUUAUUGGUGUCCGAGAAUCUUAUGUAAACUUGUGUUCAAAUCCGACGGAUAAACUUCAAAUAUAUAGAGAAAAUUUUGAGGCCGCAUAUAUACAAGCCACUGAAGCAUUUUAUUGGGUAAAAGCACCGGAAUAUUUAUCUAUGCAUGGUGUAGAGAAUUAUAUGCGUUAUGCCGAUUCGAAAUUGAGAGAAGAGGAAUUACGCGCUCAAAAAUAUUUGGAGCCGAAUACCGCGAGUAUGCAACGGUUAACGGAUUGUUGCGUAAAAGUGUUAGUCGCGACUUUUAAACCAGCCAUACUCGCAGAAUGCCCGCGAAUGAUACAACAUAAUCAAACUGACAAGCUUCGCCUUAUGUUGAAAUUAAUGGAUAGAGUUCCCGACGGCGUUAGUCCCAUGUUGAGAAAUUUAGAAGAACAUAUCGCGAGCGCAGGUCUUACAGAUAUGAUGGCAGCCGUAGACGUCAUUACUCAAGAUUCUGAAAAAUACGUGGAAAGACUGUUAGAUCUUUUCCAUAGAUUUUCCACUCUCGUCAAAGAAGCGUUCGAUGAUGAUCCACGGUUUCUUACAGCACGAGAUAAAGCUUAUAAGCUUGUUGUCAAUGACGCCACGGUAUUUAAAUUAGAAUUGCCUACUCGACAAGGUUCUGGAAUUGGAGGCCCAUCUGUAUUAAAUAAUAGACCUAUUACUAACAACAAUGGAUUAGCUGAAUCAAAAUGUCCGGAACUCCUCGCGAAUUUCUGUGAUAUGCUUCUUAGAAAAACACCUCUCAGUAAGAAACUGACUACCGACGAAAUUGAAAGUAAAUUGAAGGAUGUGCUAUUAGUGUUAAAAUACGUUCAAAACAAGGAUGUAUUUAUGCGUUAUCAUAAAGCGCAUUUAACUAGACGAUUAAUAUUAGAUACGACCACGGACUCGGAAAAAGAAGAAAAUAUGGUAGACAUGCUUCGCGAAGUCGGUAUGCCUGCAGACUUUGUUAAUAAGUUAGCUCGUAUGUUCCAAGAUAUUAAAGUAUCUCAAGAUCUGAAUCAGCAAUUUAAGGAACAAUGUCGAGCUGCCAUUGCAGAUAGCAUAAAUAUUAAGAUUCUCAAUGCGGGUGCAUGGGCUAGAGGUAGUGAGCGCGUCACUGUGAGUUUACCGCUUCAAUUAGAAGAUUAUAUUCCAGAAGUCGAAGAAUUUUACAAAAAGAAGCAUAGUGGAAGGAAGUUACAAUGGCAUCACCAUAUGUCAAACGGCACGAUAACGUUUGCAAAUAAAGUUGGACGUUUUGAUAUAGACGUAACGACCUUUCAAAUGGCAGUAUUGUUUGCCUGGAAUCAACGACCCAACGAAAAGGUCACGUAUGAGAAUCUCCGAUUGGCUACUGAGCUUCCAGAUCCCGAACUUAGACGGACUCUAUGGUCUUUGUGUGCCUUCCCGAAAUUAAAACGGCAACUUCUUUUGGUGGAACCGCAUGCCACUACUCCGAAGGAUUUUGCAAAUGAUACAAGAUUUUGGGUCAAUCAAGAAUUCGCUAUUGUAAAAAAUGGCAAGAUGCAGAAGCGGGGAAAAAUAAACUUGAUAGGACGUCUUCAAUUAUCAACAGAACGUAGCAGGGAAGAGGACAACCAAUCUAUUGUACAACUCAGAAUAUUACGAGUACAGGAAGCUAUCAUCAAGAUCUUAAAAAUGCGCAAGAAGAUCACUAACGCACAACUACAGACCGAACUAGUGGAUAUAUUGAAAAAUAUGUUUUUACCGAGUAAGAAAAUGAUAAAGGAACAAAUUGAAUGGCUCAUUGAACAUAAGUAUAUUCGUAGGCACGAUGAUGACAUUAAUACAUUUGUGUAUAUGGCAUAACACGGGAUUAUAUAUACAUACAAGAUUGUUUGCGAGCUAUGGUUAAUAUUAUAUUUUUAUAAAAAAAAUUUAAUUUUCUCAUAUGUGCGAGGAUAUACAUUCGAAACCGUCAUGCGUGAUUAUGUUUUAUCUGUUUUCUUGUAACACAAUAUGAAAAAGAGGAAAAAGGGCGAUAUUUGACUAGAUUUUAAAAUAAGAUACCGAUAGGGCAAGUUAUUGCCUGCAUUUGCCGAUUAUUAUACAUGAAUAAAAUGAAAUGUGUAGCAAAACUGAAAAAAAUGUCGCAAUAAUAAUAAGAAAGAUGUACAAUAUUCGUAUCAUGAUAAAAUUAGCAUUUAUUGUUUAUUUUUUUGAACACUGAUUUGUAUUAAUAUAAUUAGAGAAGAUUGGAUUAAAUUAAAAGGAAAGAGAAUCAUUGGUAACGCG